AUGGGUAUCCGGAAACGCGCCAGGAAAAGCUUCCGUGCCAGUGAUUCGUUGCCUCAGAAACUGCCUGACGCGCAGGAGUCAGACUUCCGCUGGGACGUCAAUAGGAAACUGGGGAACUACUGUCAGAAGGAGCAUGACCACAAUGAACCAAAGAGGGUGGAAGGAAACGAUGUGAGACCAGAAAGCUCAGAGAACGGCCACAGGGGGUCUGCAGUCCAAUUCACGGUGGUUUCCAAGCGCCUCCUGGAGGAGAAAACACAUGAGGGUGUUGUCAGGGUUCUCUGCCGACAGACUUACGGUGGGGAAGAAAGAGAAGCUCUGAAGAUGGAUCAUGGCCGUGACUGCAUGUCAAGGAGAAUCUCCUUGCUGACACUGAGGCCUACGUGGAGAUAUAGUAAAUACGGUCCAAUUAAAAGAUCUGACCGACUGGUGGUGAGGUCUGCUCAUCACCGCACCGGCAAGGAGUUAGCUGGGGGCUUCCUGUGGGGGAUGAAGACGAUGGCACGUCGUGACCCCAAAACCGGGGCAAACAGACUCGUGCGAGCCCAGACCCUCCAGAAGCAGCGGAGGGCCCCAGUUGGGCCAAGGGCUCCCCCGCCCGAUGAAGAAGACCCCAGGCUCAAGUGCAAAAACUGCGGGGCCUUUGGCCACACGGCCAGAAGUACCAGGUGCCCCAUGAAGUGCUGGAACGCAGCCCUGGUUCCACAGACCUUUGGGAAAAAGGAAGGGAAGGAAAACCUGAAGCCGUGGAAGCCCCGGAUUGAAGCGAAGCCGGGGCCCUUGAACAAGGAUAAGGGAGAGAAGGAAGAGAGACCAAGGCAACAAGACCCGCAGAGGAAGGCUCUCCUCCACAUAUUUUCCGGCAAACCUCCAGAGAAGCCGCUGCCAAAUCGAAAAGGAUCCACGGAAUCUUCGGAUUAUCUGAGGGUUGCAAGCGGGCAAAUGCCGGUCCACGCAACCAGUAAGAGGCCGCGCGUGGACCCUGUCCUCACCGAUCGCUCAGCUACCCAAAUGUCUGACAGGGGCUCCGCCUUGGCUUCACUGUCUCCCCUCAGAAAAGCCAGUCGGAGCUCCUCCUCAAGUCUUGGAGCAAAGGAAAGACAGACAGGGGCUGCGGCCGACAUCCCUCAGCCUGCAGUGAGGCACCAGGGCCCCGAGCCUCUCCUCGUGGUGAAGCCGACACACAGCAGCCCUGAGGGUGGCUGCCGAGAAGUUCCCCAGGCCGCCUCCAAAACCCACGGCCUGCUCCAGGCCAUCAGCCCCCAGGCACAAGACCAGCUUCCUGCGGUGACCUCACAGCCCUGCCCACCAGCCCCCACACAGGGCUUGGGCCUCGGCUCCAAUCUCAGCUUCAGGCCAGGAGCCAAGAGACCUGCGCAGGCUCCGAUUCAGGCUUGCCCGAACUUCCCCAAGAAACCGAGACUGGGUCGCUUCCAGAUCCCCGAAAACGCCACCCAGGGAGUUGAGCUGGGGGCCCCGGAGAAUCUGCAACCUCCGCCAGCCGCAACGGAACUUGGACCAAGUAGGUCGCCCCAGAUGGGCAGGAGGACACCCGCCCAGGUGCCCAGCGUCGACCGGCAGCCACCGCACAGCAGACCUUGCCUGCCUACCGCCCAGGCCUGCACCAUGUCCCAUCACCCAGCGGCCAGCUAUGAUCCGGCCCAGCCUCUCAGAGUGCUCUUCCGGAGACUGGAAAACGGAUGCUGGAGCUCCAGCCUCCUGACAGCCCCCUCAUUUCACUCUCCUGAGAAGCCGGGAGCCUUCCUCGCUCAGAGCCCUCGUGUCUCAGAGAAGUCCGAGGGUCCCUGUGUUCGUGUCCCACCGAGCGUCCUCUAUGAGGACCUUCGGGUUUCCUCCUCCUCAGAGGACAGCGAUUCUGACCUGGAGUGAGACUGCAGGUGGCAGGGGCUCCUUGGCCUCCAGCUCCCGUGACUUGGAGGGGACUGUGGGACUGAGGAGCGGUAGAGCACGGAGCAGACUCUGUGCGGUGACUCCGAAGCUCCCCGGCUGCGGCGCCUCUGUGGAUGUGGGAGCCCAGGCCAGGCAGGGAGCAGAUGCGGGGACUCUGCCUCCUUGAAUUCUGGUGAGGGACAUUGUAGUUCGCAUGGGUAUCCGGAAACGCGCCAGGA